AUGAGAUUCGACACUCUCACGGGCACUCUCGCCCUCGCGGCGCUCAGCCGCUCCGUCGCCGCCGACCCCCUCACAAUCACGCUCCAAAACCGUCGUCGCGUGCCCGCCGGUCUGAAGCCCAAGACGAACGUGAUGAAGCGGUCUUCGACUAGCACCGUCUCCCUCACGAACUGGUUCGAGAACUACGACCUCCAGUGGUACGGCACCGUCCAGGUCGGCACCCCGCCGCAGAACUUCACCGUGACCUUCGACACCGGCUCCACAGACCUCGUCCUCCCCUCCUCCUCCUGCACAACCUGCACCCAGGAGUCCGUCUUCACCCGCGCCUCCUCCAACACCUUCUCGCCCUUGCCGGGCUACAACGUCACCACCUCUUUCGGCACCGGCGGCAAGUCCAUCCCCUACGCCGAGCCGCAGCCCGCCUCCGGCACCGUCGUCACCGACGCCGUCGCCCUCGCGGGGCACACCGUGCCCAACCAGACCUUCCUCCUCUGCGACACCUACGCCGACGCCUUCAACGAGAUGCCCAUCGACGGCAUCUUCGGCAUGGGCCCGCCCGGCUUCUCGCACUUCUCCGAGGUCGUCACCAACGCCUCCUUCUCCACCUGGUUCUGGACCCUCGCAGCACAAGGCGAAGUCCCCGAGCCGCGCUUCUCCAUCUUCCUCAACUCGGACGUGAACGGCACCAGCGCGCCGCUGGGCGAGAUCACCCUCGGCGGCGUCAACGCGGCCCGCUACACCGGCGACAUCAAGUACAUCGACUUCAACAUGACCGUCAGCGCCGCCGGCAUGGGUUGGUUCAUCGACCAGCCGUCCUUCUUCGUCGACGGCAAGACGGUCACCAACUCCUCCGCCAACGGCGCCGCGUUCCCAGGCGGCGUAUCCCUUGUGGACACGGGCACUGCCUUCCUGCAGGCGCCGGACUACCAGACCGCCAAGGACAUCUACGCCGCCAUCUCUCCGGAGAUCACGCAGAUCGACCCGCUGGGCGCGUGGGGUGCGCCCUGCGACGUCGUCGAGAAGCUCGACCCCGAGCUGACCUUCACGCUCGGCUUCGGCGCGCAGGCGGUCAACGUGACGGUGCCGCGCGGCGAGUUCAACCUCGGCGAGUACCCCGGCCAAAACGGUACCUGCCAGACGCUGUUUUUGAACCCUGUGACGCCGAUUAGCGAUUCUGUACCGAUCUGGGUGCUCGGCGGCCCGCUGCUGAAGGGGUACUACACCGUUUGGGAUGGCGCGCAGCCUGAGACGCUGAAGUUUGGCGUGGCGGAGUUGAGGGCGAACACGACGACGGGCGGGAAUGGGACCGGGACAAGCCCGAGUGCGACGCCGACGGCCGUGAGCGGGGUUAAUCUGGUUGGACCUGUCGGGUGGAUGGCUGCAGCGGGUGUUGCUGCCGUUGCCUUGGCUUUGUAA